AUGAAGUUUGGAAGUCAGCUUCAAGCUGCCCUGUACCAAGAAUGGCAAGUAUACUAUCUUGAUUAUAGUGGUUUGAAGAAGCAUUUGAAACGUGGGGAAAAACAAGGAGGAGGGUAUACUGAAAGAGAUGAGUCAGAAUUCGUUGAACGCUUAGAUAAAGAGUUAGAGAAGAUUUAUGCUUUCCAAAACUCCAAAAUCGAUGAGAUCAAAGACCGCGUACACCACUGCGAAAACGCGGUUGCCUCGAUAACUCGGAGUCCUUCGAUGAAUGUUCCAGAUAGGUAUGCAGAAGUGGAGAACGAGAUUAAUGCAAUCACUGAAGAGCUGAACGAGUUGGCUAAAUACGCUCGUUUAAAUUACACGGGUAUCAUUAAAAUUGUAAAGAAGCACGAUAGACGAACACGAUAUAUACUGCGCCCAAUGUUUAAUGUCCGAUUAAACGCGUGUCCCUUCUACAAAGAGACGUAUGAACCAAUCAUUGUGCAACUUUCCAAACUCUAUCAUAUUGUACACAUGGGAUUAGGCCACGAACAAGGCCAAAAUAUUCCAUCCUCGCCUGUUACUUUCUCUCUCUCGUCCUCAUGGAAACCGCCGACAAUUUUAUCAACCCAACGAUUCCUAAGACAAAAUCACAAAUUCUGGGUUCAUCCUAAUAAUAUCAUGGAAGUGAAAACGACAAUUCUUCGGCACCUUCCUGUACUUAUUUAUAAAGCUGCCUCCGAGCCAUCCAUUAGUACCAUCUACUUUGACAGUCAGAACUUCGAUUUGUACCAGGAUAAGAUUGAUCGCAAAGGCGGUGAACAAAUAAUCAGGAUACGUUGGUAUGGCAAUAAAGAGACAACGAACGAGGCUUUUGUUGAGAGAAAGAUUCAUCAACAAGGCGAGGAAGAGAUCAAGGAUCGAUUUGUUAUCAAGGAAAAAUAUAUUGUUCCGUUCCUCCGGGGACAAUAUUCCAUGCAGAAAACUAUAAAUAAAAUGAAGGAAGCUCCCAUUAAGAAAGAAGAGGAGAUUAAGCACUUUGAAAAGCUGGUCUCCGAUAUUCAGAACACGAUACUAGAGAAAAACCUUAAACCAGUCCUUCGUACGAAUUACAAUCGCAUGGCCUUUCAGAUUCCUGGAGAUUCACGUUGUAGGAUUUCACUUGAUACGGACUUUGUGUCAAUCCGCGAGGACAAUUUUGAUGGUGUUCAACGACGCAAGGAUGGAGAAUGGCGUCGUGCAGACAUAGAAGAUGAUCAAAGUUCAUUCAAUAAAUUACCUUCAUCAGACAUUUCCAAGUUUCCUCAUGCUGUAUUGGAGAUUAAACUGAAAUUAGAAGAAAAUGAACAAGAACCCAAAUGGAUACGAGAAUUGAUAGAGAGUCAUCUGGUUGAAGAAGCCCCACAAUUUUCCAAAUUUGUCCAUGGCGCAGCCACAUUGUUUACAUCACAAGCUCCAUCAUUGCCAUUUUGGCUACCUAAUGUAGAUAAAGACAUUCUCAAACCUCCUAAUUAUAAGCCUACUUCCUCAACGUCAUCAACAUUACCGAUGUUUAUUCCAUCAAAUGGUCGCAAUUCUAAUAAUCAUAAUAAUGCACAAAGACGUUCAUCAUCAUCAAAAGUUAACUAUGUUGAAGUAGUAGUUGGUGACAACAACAAAAGGAAAGGAAAAGGUAAAGCUGUAGACAACCAAGGACAAGAGGAGGAGUCUAAUGAACGUACACCAUUACUUGGCAAAGGAAAACGUGAGGAUGCACAUGGAUUUAAUCUACCAAACCUCAUUGAUUUCUUUAUUGGAACACCGAAGAAACCUGAACCCGAGCCAGUCAGUUUACCACCGGCUGUACGCGUUCCUCAAAAACCUGAGACUCCAAUCCGCGUUGAGGCAAAAGUCUACUUUGCAAAUGAAAGAACUUUCUUCUCGUGGCUUAGGUUUAGUAUGUUAUUGGGAACAUUUUCAGUUGCACUGUUCAAUGCUGGCAAUGAAGAUAAUAUCGGAAGGUUCUGUGGGCUGUUGUAUUCAACUAUUAGCGUGAUUGUGUUGAUUUAUGCACUUUCACAAUAUCAUAAACGUGUUGAUAUGAUAAAUUCGAGGAAUCCAGGGCCUUAUGACGAUCUUGUUUUCCCAACAAUACUUUGCUUUACACUAUUUUUGGCUGUCGCGCUUAAUUUUUGGCUCAAAUUGGCGCGAGAACAAGUCGAAGGAAGUGAUACAAACACAGGAAAAAAUAGUUCAGGAUCUGUUUAA